UAUAAAUGGCAAUCAAAUUAUUAGACGCCAAAAACAUCUAGAUUAAAUUGACCGGCAAGGUAAGAACCUGAGUUUACAAUCUAUAUAUUAUCCGAGAUCUUUUCCUGUGACAGGUGGAAACCACAACAACAAAUGGGGCGUUCGGUUCUCUAAGAGCUUUGGUGUCCUGCAGUGAAUUUAUCGAUAGUGUCACCCUGCUUAUGGCGAUAGGACUUAAUAAUGCAUCAUUAGGAUCUUGGAUUGCUGUAUCUGACUUCCGUUUUCUUCUGUCUGGGAAAUUGUAGGUACUGUUAGUUAUUUCAGCAACCCCCAAGAAAAAUGUACCCCAGUUGCCCAAGACUUGGGAAAGCUCACCUUGGGGCAUCUACUUUCUUUGCGUCAGCCCAUCCAAGUGAAUCAUGUGGAAGUAAUGGUUUGCCUUUAACCCCAAAUUCGAUCAGAAUAUAUGGACGAGCAAGGUCUCUGCAUCUCAUCAAUCAUCCUCACUUGUGUACAUAUGUUGACAUCUAUCGUGGCAAGCAUGAGAGAAUGAUGGUUGUGCAAGAAUAUUAUUUGCUCAAUUUGAGGAAUGCUGUCCAGAAGUAUGAGAAGCUAAGGAGCCAGAGUGGCUUAGCACAAGUGGCACAUCAGGUACUUCAAGGACUUGUUUACCUCAAUAAUUUUGGGACAGUCAGCUGUAAUCUCAGUCCAGAAAACAUCCUGAUUGAUCCAUGGGGUCAGGCCAAGUUAUAUAAUUAUGGCCUUUAUUUCAUGACAGAAGCAGGAUCAGCAGUUUCUUUUCCUUUAGGGAGUGUUUGUUAUACUGCUCCUGAGAUAUUGGCGCAAGGUGCUCUGCAGGAAGGGAAUCAGAGUGGCACAACUGUCUCGGGGAAUCCAGCCUGGGAUGUUUGGUCUGUUGGGAUGAUUCUAACUGAAAUGUUAAUGGGCUGCAACUUAUUUAGUAGCAAAGAGAGUAUAGAGGACCAAGUAGCUGCAGUGCUUGAAUUGAGCUUGACAGAUAAUCCACUUUUAAAGUUAGCAGAAGAUCAUGAUGCAGUAGACAAAAUCAAAUCCCUCAGUGAGGACUUGAAAGACUUCUUGCAAAAGUGCUUGACUGUGGAUCCUGAAGAGCGCCCACUACCUCGCAGUCUCCUCUCUCAUCACCUCUUCCACCCAUUCAUUAUCUCGGCUUCGCUUGUUCCAAUUCCUCCUCACUUUCCUGUGGUAGAUCCAUCCCUCUGUUUAGUAGACUUCACUCAAUAUAAGGCAAAGCUUGGUUUACCUCCAGGGAAUGGUAAAGAUAUGCUUCCUGAUUACCCUCUAAUGCCAACUGAUCAAGAUUCCUCCCCUGUUUUAGAAGAGAUCAAGCCCAGAAAAAGGUUAGGUGGCAGAGAACAGUUGUGUGAAAGAAGCAUGAGAGAAAUUUACCAUUUGUGGCAAUUAGUAGGUGGUAAUGUGGAACAGGAACUAAAGAAACAAAAGCUUAUUCGUACGAAGCCUGCUAUCCUGUCCUUACCAAGUGUGAUGGUAAUGGAAGGAGAGGUGUUUGGCAGUGGUAUAAACCGGCACUGUUUGUUAGAAGCAACAACCAUCAUUUUACCUCUCGGUACUUUACUCAAUAGAUUGUCUCAUAUUCCUCCAGAAAAGUACUAUCCUCUCAUAACCCAAGGGGAAUCGGGUACAGAUGAUAUGGAGAUGAGUCAGCUUCCAUUGGUAAUUAGAGAACGUGACGUAGAGUACCAGUUUCAUCGUCUCCUUAUCUUUGAAAGGCUUUUGCAAGCUUAUCCCUUUAAAGUUGAGAGCAUUAAGAGAGAGGCUCAUAAAGAUACCCCACCAUAUUAUCGAGCUCUGGUGUGGUCAGCACUGUUGCAUGUUGAUGGUGCAGUAGCAGAAGCAUAUCAGCAAAUAGAUAAAGAAACUCCUACUACCACAGAUAGACAAAUAGAAGUAGAUAUCCCUCGAUGCCACCAGUAUGAUGAGCUUUUGUCUUCACCUCAAGGCCAUGAAAAAUUUACCAGAGUUUUGAAAGCAUGGGUUGUGUCCCAUUCUCAUUUGGUAUAUUGGCAAGGCCUUGAUUCCCUGUGCGCUCCAUUUUUGUAUCUUAACUUUAACAAUGAAGCUUUAGCAUUUGCUUGUCUGUCAAGAUUCAUUGACAAGUAUCUACACAAGUUCUUCCUGCGAGAUAACAGUGCAGUCAUUCAAGAGUAUCUUGCCAAAUUUUCACAUAUGAUUGCAUUCCACGAUCCACAGCUUUUCAACCACCUGGAUGACAUUUGUUUUAUUCCAGAAUUGUAUGCCAUUCCUUGGUUUUUGACCAUGUACACGCAUGUAUUUCCACUUCACAAAAUAUUUCUCUUGUGGGAUACCCUUCUGCUAGGUGAGGCCUCCCUACCACUGUGCAUAGGAGUUGCUAUUUUAAGGCAGUUAAAAGACAGGUUGCUGAAAUUUGGCUUCAAUGAGUGUAUUUUGUUAUUCUCAGAUAUGCCAGACAUAGACAUGGAACGUGUGGUGAAGGAAUCUGUACAGGUCUUUUGCUCAACUCCGCAGUCAGUCACAUAUCGCCAGCAUGAACGGCCUCCUCCAGAUCCAACAAAGCAGUUGUCACCAUCACCACACACAACACAGGCUAGUCAAGAUCUGCUUAUGGAACCUGUAAACCUCAGUGAUCUGAAGAAAGAGAGGUGUCCUCGUAUAUGUGGUGCUGACGUGUUAGAACUUCUAGCUCACAAGAGGAGUCGCAGUGGUCGUGCCAAAGUUUUAGUUGUAGAUGUACGUUCUGCUGAGGAUUAUUACCGUGGCACAUUGGCAGAUGCAAUUAACUUACCAGCUGAUACAUCCAUAACUCCCGAGGGAUUGCUGGUUCCAGGACCAAUGACAGAUGAAUUGAAGUCCUAUCGUGGGAAAAUCAUCACAGUGAUGGGAUCGCGUAAUAAUUGGGGUCAGGUUGUCAAGUUUGCUGAAUUUCUUCUGAGUCAAGAGUUUCAACGCGUGUGUACGCUUCACAAAGGCGUGGAAGUGUUUCGUGCAUCAGGAGCUUUGGUUGUGCCAUCUUGAUUGCAAGAUCCACCUCUUCGAAAUCUGAGAUGCCUUCAUCAGCAACAAAGCUUUGAAUGGUAAAUAUUGAGUUGUGAUGAAUUCAGAAUCUGCAUAGACUGCAGUUCUUUAUUAUUACUUUGAGGUUGUCACACAUAAGUUAACUUUACUUGCAACUACCAAGUUUUGCAGAGCAAAACCUGAGCAUACGUCUUGAUGAUGUAAUGAAUCAUAAUUGCCCAUACUGUUUGUAACAGUCUUAAUGUUAUGGAAAUACUGAAGACAAUUUAUUUAAAUAAUUGUGUUGAUCUUGUUUGAGCAAUUUAGAUACAGUAUAAAAUUUAGUUAAGAGCAACUGUAGGUUUUUUUUUUUUUUUUCCAAAGAAAGAUGUAAUAGACCCUGUCAAGUUAGGUUUCAUUAAUCCUUAACCAGUUCUUUCAGACUGAGCUAAUUCUUUUAGAUUGAAUGUGGCUGAUUAACUCUUUAAUUUGUUAACAAAUUUUUAUGUACAUUUUUUGUCUUUUCUAUGAUGGUAAUGUUCUCCCUCAUAUUAAGUUUUUGCAAAAUUAAAUUUUCUCCAAAGAAAAGAAGAAAAUUCAUGGUGCACCUUACAAGGGGAAGGUCAUGUGUUCAAGUUUAGCCUAUGGGUAGUGAACAUCUGGUUUUGGUAGUGAGUAAUCAAUUCCAGCCUCAAAUGUAAACAAAAUUCUGCGGCCCCCCCAUACAGCAAGUUAGACUGCAGGUAUAAGAGCCAUGUAAUGAAAUAUAUUACCUUCAAUUUGGCGCAUUCUCUUCCCUAUUACAAAGAUAAUAUACUGUUAAAGAAAAAAAUAAUAUUAAAGAUCAAAUAAAAUAGAACAAGUUUUGUCUUAGCAGGAAAACACUUUAUCAGUUGUUAUUAGUGACUACUGCCUUUUUCAAUUUGUCUGCAACUGUAUUGUCAUACAAAUAUCUAAUCAUGAUGGUUUUAUAGACUGCCUUAUUGAGCUACCAGUUUCAACAGUUGUCAUCCUUAGUCGUUAUGCAUGCCAUUAUGUUAUCUGUUAUUAAAAAAUAUCUUGGUUAAUAUGUACUAUUCAUCUUUUCAAAUGUCGUAAAUGGUUUUAUGUAUUACAUAUGAAUUAAGAAGACUGUCAUAGUUUGUUAGUUAUUAUGUUUUCACUCUAAGUUCACUGAAUGUGGGGUAUAGUGGGAAGAUCAUACAAUAUCACUAAUAAGGAGCUGGUGGAAGAAAAGAUUGAGAUCUCAAAGAUGGAGAUGAACAGGCAUGAGGAACAGUUGGUAAGAAAAGGUGUAGAUAUGGGAGUAACAGGAGCAAAAUUUGGUCAGGGAAGCUAUAGAUAUGGAAGUAACAAGACAAAGACUUAUAGGAAUAUCCAGGAAAUCAUAAAGAAAGAGGAUGAAUGGAGAGACUGACUUGAUAGGAGUUCAGGCAAAAAUACCUU